UGAUGACGGAGAAUAUCUCUGGGAUAUACACUGAUUUUUUCUCUCGCUUCUAUAUGAUAUACUGCAUGAAAUAAGAUGAUAUUUUCAUAUAUUUCAAGUUAUAAAACAUAAUCUUUCUUGGACGUUGACUACAUCGCCACAAAUAUUGAACGUCAUAGGAUUGUCAGGAAAUUACUGGUGUGCGAUUUUUAAAAAUAUUGUUUUCAUUGUUGUAUUGGUAGAAUUCAGGCACGAGACCUUAACAUGAAUGGAUACUGGAUACUUGGAGGUGUCUGACACACAGUUCUUCGACCUACGUUAGCCAUGGAUUGUUUACAGCAAUGGAUCCAUGUGUUGUACUUUGUGUUAUUGGGAUGUAUCAGCAGUAUUCCUUGUGUGAACUGUUAUAUGCAACAUAAUUCUGUGUACUCGCCGACACUGGUGCCCCAACACAUUCACAACAUUUUUAUGAAUCCUACAAUGGGUCCUCCAUUGACCACAAUGAAUCCAAUUUUACCGACAGUGACUCCUCUAAUGCCGGCUGCAGUAUCCGCAAUAUCCAGUGCGUAUCCGCGCCAGUUCUUCAACGUUGUGCCACGUCGUCGGACGUUUUCCCCUAUUUCAGUUCGUCCUGUAAAUAUUAAAAAUGCCAUAAGAAGUCCACAAAGUACUUUGUAUCAGACAUUUAGGAGACUAAAUUCAUCGAGUCUGUCGAAGAUAUACGAUAUCUUAAAGAACCAAAUGGGCACAUCCAACAACCUGCCUGUUAUUCAGACGACUCCUUCGAGUCGCUCAAAUGUGGCAAUGAACGUUAACAGUAUACCAGGUCAGUCCUUCAUGGUGAUGCCCAAUACGAAAGACCUAAUAACGAGUGAGGUUGCACAAAACUCUGUGUUUCUUCAGCGUCUUGUUGGACAAAAGCAGAUUGGCAGUUCUACCGCCAGCCGUCUUGGCAGAGAGAUAAAACAGAUGAAGCAAACACUGUUAGCAUCAGCACCUGCUGAACGACAGACGGGACAACAACAAGAACAACUCCUGCUUCAGCUGCGGAAGCAGUUACAAAACCAAUUGUCUAUGGUAGAACCAGAACCAGCAGUCAAUACAGUUAAGAAUUCUGUCGGUGCUCCAUCCAGCAAUGGAAUCAUAUCUUCGAAUUCUUUAUUGGAUGCACCUCAUAGCAUGCCGCUGGAGUCCAUUGACGAGAUGUUUGAAGACAUGGCAGCUGAUUCAGGUAGAAGCAUAAGCUUUAGCUCUGACGUUGGGCCAGGUGUCUUUAAGGUAGAAUACGACAUGCUCAUCACACAGGAAGAGAUGGAAGAAAAGUACAGUCCAAAGACUGACGGAGGAAGAGUGAAGAGAGCAUUGGUGAAGAAGAAGAGCAACCAUUGGCCCGGCGGAAGGAUACCCUAUACGAUUCGGACCAGGGAUUUCAGUAGUACAGAGAGGCGAGAUAUACACCUAGCCCUCAGAGAGUGGGAGUCGUACACGUGCGUCAGGUUUGUUCCGGCCACGCCCUCAGAUCAAUACAAACUGCAACUCAAGGACUCUGAUGGCUGUCAUUCCUAUGUUGGCAAGAAGCGCAAGAACCAAAUGGUUGGCCUGGCAAAACCUUGCAGGAAGAGGAGUAUUAUCCUUCACGAGAUUGGCCACGCUAUCGGGAUGUUCCACGAGCAAGCUCGACCUGACAGGAACAUGUAUAUCGACAUCCUUUAUAACCAUAUUCUCCCGCCAGUCAGAUUCAACUUUCAGUCAAUAGACGCCGACCAGACUACGAACUACAGCAUCCCAUACGACUACCUAAGCAUCAUGCAUUAUGGAGAAACAGCAUUUUCCUUUAACAGAACAGCAAUUACAAUGCAUGCCAAAGAUCCUAAUUUUCAGAAAAAGAUGGGCAAGGCGACACGUAUCAGCUUUCGUGACGUGAUGUCUGUCAACGCCAUGUAUAGCUGUUCAGGUCACUGUAUAUCGCCACCAAGCUGUCCAUUCAAAGAAGCCUUUGUCGGAAAAGACUGCCGUUGUUGGUGUCCAACUGAUCAAGACGACAGGGAACCCGCAAAACAGUGUCCAGAGGUAUCUUCAAUUGCUCCACCUAGGUCGCAUACGACCCACACCAACCAACCUCGAACAAGGCCGGGUCAGACACAACAGGAUAAAAACAGCGUUCUUCUUCGUAUUGCGUUCAACCCAGAUAGACGACAAUCACCUAGCGAAGCAGCAAAUGCUGUCUUGAGACCAGUCGGUGAAGUUCAUAACUUCAUUCGGAACCCUUCGGUUCACGGGGAUCGUAUGGUGCCUACAUCCGGCAGUGAAGUGCCUGAAACGUUAGCCGCAACUUUGUCAAAUCUUCCAGACUCCAUCACACUAGGAUCGCUUAAGGGUCAAGGGGAACGCCCGUCACGAAGUAGAAGUAUAAAUAACCAAUUUAGGAAUCGAAUUUCGGAAAGGAGGUCUAAUUUUCGUCGUAGACAACCAGUUCGUUCGCUACGUCCUUCUACACCAACAUCAGCUGAUCGUCUAGAGCGGCAGCUUUUGCAAGAACUAAAUGAACUUAACGGAAUCCAUACAGAAUCUUUGAGUCAACCAACGCAGUCUACUCCAUUACUGUCUGGAUUAAUGACAUCCAGACAGUCAAACGGUGACAUCAACACACUCGUAAACAAUGCCAUGGGGUUAAUAUCGGGUAACCGACGGGACCAAACGACCCCAAACACAAAUGGUGCAGUGGUUUCGUCCCAGACACCAGGGGGCGGGGGCACCACAGCGGAUCUAAGGCAGCUUCUACGGAAGCUCAAUCGCCUGAACAGUCAGAACCAAAUGUCCCCCCAUGUAGCUAAUGUUCGACACACACAUGUUAAUUCCAGAUCAAGAAGCGCCGAUAUUCUAAGUCAACGGCGUGGUCAGCAUUUAUUACGAGAACUGUCUGACUUCUUCGCCCCCAGAAAUGGUCGGCAGCAAACCCAACAACUUUCAGCGGACCAAAUAUCAUUUUUGUUGGCAAAGUUCCCUUCCUCUCCGAGCCCAGACGUUACUCACACACACCAGGUCGUGGUACAGCCUUCUAAUGGACACCACCACCAGCACCACCACCAUCAUCAUCACCACCAUCGCGACCACAAUAAUCAAUAUCGUCAACAAGAUGGCGUACUCUCACCAAUUCUUGACAACACACGUUUCCAUAGUAACCAUUGACAAAACAGAAAAUUCCGACGGCAAUCUUUCUCAGAGUAACUACUGACAUGGCAUGUCAAGUUGUAUCACCACAGUAACUUUUAAUUGAAUCUGUAUCAUUUCCACAAUGACAGCAAAGCCUAUAAUCACGUCUUUGUAAUAACCCCUUACUGCGUCUGUCACCAUAUCUCCGCCAUAUAUCCUGACCGAGUCUGUCGUUAGGGUGGAACGAUCUGGAUGCAUGACCGAGAGCAUCGGAUAAGCAAACUUCAGGAAUAUCUGUUCGAAGUGUAGUUUAAUCCAAAAGUGGACAUAAUGGUAUGAAAUUAUCGGUCUGUGCAAGCUCUUUAAGACAAAGGUUGAACGUUCACGAAACAAAUAUUAAUGCAUAUAUUUCAUUGAGUAAGACGCGCGUCAUUGUAUUUCGUGUAUCAUUGGAAUCAUACAGUCUAGUAGACAAAAAGAGGUCGUGCAAAAUACAAGAUGAAGGCGAUUCCGUCACAAUGAAAAUGUACAAGAGAGUUGAGGUCAUAGCCAUCGGGACGAUGACGAGAACCAAUGUAUGUGUCUAGUGCUUAGUACAUGUUUAGAAAGUGCCAACACUCACAAUGUAAACAAAUGCUGAGUAACUGGAUAGGAAAGCACGCAUACUGGUGACUAGAUCCAUCCGGUGCAUGUUAUUGUACGCACAUAUGAUAUAGUGCAACUCUUGUGUUGAUUGUAUACUUCAGGGGCCUUCAGUAUACUUUAAAAGUCUGACUCAUUAACAGGGGCUGCCUGCCGCUCCCUGAUUUUUGAUAACAAUUAUAUUGUGUGCAUUGUAUGCGAGUUUAGUUUUAACGCAUUGUGUGUGUGUUGAGUUUUAACGCAUUGUGUGUGUGUUGAGUUUUAACGAAUUGUGUGUGUGUUGAGUUUUAA